UAAUGUUAAGAUUUGUUGAUUUAUUUUAUAUUUCAUUAUAAAGUUUUAAAGUAUUCGAAUAUUUGAAAACAAGACAACUUAUUUCUUGAAGCCGCUAUUAAAGAGUCGAAUUCAUUCAAACGAUUGCAAUAAAUCAUUUAUUUGUGAUUGAAACGCAUACAAAUUAAGAAGUUGAGAUCUGUAUUUGUGAUUGAAACGCAUACAAAUUAAGAAGUUGAGAUCUGUAACUGUAAAUAAAUGCAUUUUUCAAUUGCACUAAUUGCUAUUUUUGAUUAUUUAAAUAAUGGUAAUCUGAAAAUAGAGUGAGAAAGAUUAUCAUUAAAGCCACGUUAUUUAGUUAUUCCAUAUGUGAGGACUAUUCCUUCUGGACCGAAUUAGAAUUUAAAAAUGAAAGAUUUAGCUCCACAAUCUGACAAUGAAAACAGCCUCAGUCAAUUCAUGACUGACACAACAUCUUCUGAUGAUAUUUGUGAUAAUAUUAUUCCAAAAACUGAUCCAGAUUUAUUGACUGAUGCACAAAUUGGAACUUUGCCUUUUGUAAGUCCUCUGUGCUAUUUGCCAUUCGAUUAUGAUAAUCAUAAUCUUUUAACUUUUAAUAUGGGGAAUCAAAGCAUUAGUCAGAAAAAGAAGAGGUCUUCUCGAUCAAAAAUUAACUCCAAAGUUCAGAGGCACCGAAAUCGACGCGUCUGCCACAGCGUGGAAGAACUACAAACGCAGAGAGUGCUGGCCAAUGUCAGAGAACGGCAGCGGACGCAGAGUUUGAACGACGCUUUCUCCGCCUUGCGACGCAUCAUACCCACUUUACCAUCUGACAAAUUGAGCAAAAUCCAGACGCUGAGGCUGGCCACUCGUUACAUAGAUUUUCUCUACCAGGUUCUGCAUUAUGGCGAAGAGGAAGAUAGUUCUCAACAGCAACAAAGUCUGUCUAAAGGAAGUUAUUUGGCCCACGAAAGGCUGAGUUACGCAUUCUCUGUUUGGAGAAUGGAAGGAGCCUGGUCAACACAGUGAGUCUACGUCUAAUUAACACUGUAAAGCUCCUUAGAAAUUGGGACCCAAGUUAAAUGUUAAAGCCAUUUAUGUUACAGUAUACGUACUUAUCCAUGUCUCACAGCGCUGGACGUUUGAAUAUACAAUGGAUGAAUAAUCAAUACAUGUCCGACGAAAUUAUUUUUGUAAAAAAUUUACAAUUAAUACUUGAAUUUUUUAUACUAUUUAUAUAUUUAGAAACAUACAAAAUGUUAUUUAUGUAUAGUUUUCUUUUCCUCAGUUUAGUAAUUCUCUCAGAAAUGUAUUUUACGUUUGUA